UUCGUCGUUUUGAUGGUUACUAAAGCAUCGGAAACAUUAAGAGCUCUCUCCGUACCCGUUGAGCCUCCGAAACCUCAGUGCAUCUUCAAGCGGAGGCUGUUGCUUUGUUCUUCUGGUUGCUGGGUGCGGAGUUCUCUCCCUACCCCCAUCCCGUCUGAACGAGUGCGGGUCUUCCUUGUCGCUAUUUCGUUGUCCCUAGACGUCUAGAGAAAGGCUGCAAAAUUGUGUUGAGUUCACACACCCAUUCUGGCAACUAGAUCCUUUUUUCCUUGUUAGCCGUUUUCGUAUAUGUUUUUGUGUCUUUUCCCUAAGUGCCAUUUUAGUGAGCACUUAUUUCUCAAGUUUCGAAAGUACGUAACAUUUUGUUCAAGUAAUAUUUUUGUAAUAUUACAGUGUGAAAUUGAGGGAGAAGAAAGCCAAGAAAUGAUUGAAAACGCUUUGUCUUUGUAUGAUGGACGUUUCAGGAGCUGGGGCACAGCCCUCCUUUCCAACGUGUUUACUUUUUAAACGGGAUGUGAAAGUAUAAGAUUGGCAUUGAAAACAGUAUAUCGUUACAGAAAUUGGAAGACUUAAGACUGUUUUUGUCUUUUUAAUAAGUGAAUCUAUAUUUAGACUUUUAAAGACGUGGCAUAUAGGACACAUGAAGAAAAUGACCCGAAAAAAUAACAGGAUUUAUGAUGUUAGCUUUGCCCUUUUUGUCACCAUCAAAUAUUGUUUAUGUUGAGUGUCUGGGUGCUCUAAAACCACAUGAAAAUAGGUCAAGUAAUGUUAUUUUACAGAGAAAACUGGAAGAGUGAAAGCCACUCUAGAAGCAGAUUUCAGAUGUGUUUGUUUUAGCCUGUAUAUCUUAAAUUGGAGCAUUUCAUUAAGCCUGAUCUUUUGAUCUUUGAUUUAGAAUUUAUGCUUUAGAUGGACCAAUGUAAGUUGUGGGCAAAAUGAAAACAAUGGUCAACAUUUGAAGGUUUUUAUUAUUUACUGGUUGUUAAAAUUUGGUGGAAUUAUAAUCAUCAGGAAAAAAUGUUUUUCCAACUAGCUGAUCAUUAGACAAGGGAAGAAAAAAAGAAAUGGUGUUUUUUCUUUUCGGAGACGUGUGUCAGCUGGUCAAUAUUUUGUUUCGGUUUCCACCAACUUGAGUUGUCAGAAGAAUGGGGGUAGAAUAUUUUUGAAAGGAUCCAAAAAUGAUUUCUUGAUGCUAUAGAAGAAAAAGAUAGUAUUCAAUCUUUUCACAGUGUUAGUCUAUUCAAAGAAUAUUAUUUUGUGUAUUAGCCAUUUACUAGCUUGAAACACCUGAUACACUGUCAGUUGAGUAUUUGAAUGCUUUUUUUUUUUCCCCAGCGUUAGUAACAGAAGGUGCUGGGCCAUUUUCAUUCUCUUGCCUCAUUUCUGAUUGUGCCUAAGGAACCGGAAUUUGUGAAACAGGCUGGAUUAGGAACAAUCUUUGUGGCACAGGAUGAACUAGCAGUGGAAGAGAAAAUACUGCAAACUGGCUGACUGCUAGUGAAGAUGCUGUUUUAUUUUUGUGGCAGGCAUCUGUGGGGUCUGUAAUAGAAAUGAUGGCUGGCUGUGGUGAAAUUGAUCACUCAGUAAACAUGCUUCCUACGAACAGGAAAGCGAAUGAGUCCUGUUCUAAUAGUGCACCUUCUCUGACUGUCCCUGAAUGUGCCAUUUGUCUGCAAACAUGUGUUCACCCAGUCAGUCUGCCUUGUAAGCACGUUUUCUGCUAUCUAUGUGUAAAGGGAGCUUCAUGGCUUGGAAAGCGAUGUGCCCUCUGUCGACAAGAAAUUCCCGAGGAUUUCCUUGACAAGCCAACCUUAUUGUCACCAGAAGAACUCAAGGCAGCAAGUAGAGGGAAUGGUGAAUAUGCAUGGUAUUAUGAAGGAAGAAAUGGGUGGUGGCAGUAUGAUGAGCGCACUAGUAGAGAGCUGGAAGAUGCUUUUUCCAAAGGUAAAAAGAGCACUGAAAUGUUAAUUGCCGGGUUUCUGUAUGUUGCUGAUCUUGAAAAUAUGGUUCAAUAUAGGAGAAAUGAACAUGGACGUCGCAGGAAGAUUAAACGAGAUAUAAUAGAUAUACCAAAGAAGGGAGUAGCCGGACUUAGGCUGGACUGUGAUGCUAAUACCGUAAACCUAGCAAGAGAGAGCUCUGCCGAUGGAGCGGACAGUGUAUCAGCACAGAACGGAGCUUCUGUUCAGCCUCUAGUGUCUUCUUCUGUAAGGCCCCUGACAUCAGUAGAUGGCCAGUUAACAAGCCCUGCAACACCAUCCCCUGAUGCAAGCACUUCUCUGGAAGACACUUUUGCUCAUUUACAACUCAAUGGAGACAGCAUAGCUGAAAGGAGUCAUAGGGGGGAAGGAGAAGAAGAUCAUGAAUCACCGUCUUCAGGCAGGGUAGCAGCACCAGACACCUCCAUUGAAGAAACCGAAUCAGACACCAGUAGUGAUAGUGAGGAUGUAUCUGCACUUGUUGCACAGCACUCCUUGACCCAACAGAGACUUUUGGUUCCUAAUGCAAACCAGACAGUAUCUGAUCGAUCAGAUGGAUCAGGAACUGAUAGAUCACUAGCAGGGGGUGGAACAGUGAGUGUCAGAUCUAGAAGGCCUGAUGGACAGUGCACAGUAACCGAAGUUUAAAUAAAAAAAAGUCUUCAGCUCCAUGCUCAAGGUUAUCUGUACAUUUCUGCCCACGUAACCUUAUACACUCAUCCCUAGUAGUGCAUUUUGGGAGUUGGGGUGGGGAGGGGUAUGGGAAGGAUAGACCUGUAAUUAAAAUGUCUAACAUGUCUCUGUUGAGAAAUUUAUUUAAUGUAAGGAACUUGGGUGUUAAUAGUUGAGAGCUGUUUAGUAAUAACCCAGUUUUCUUGAGGCCUGUUUAUUUUGUAGUUUUUAAAAAAUUUGUUAAGUUCUUUUGGCCAGCGUCUGUGUUUUGUCUGUGCAUUGACGGUCCCAUCUAACUUGCGUUGUGUCUUAUUUUUCUGCAUGGAUUGACAAAACCAUUACUAAAAUUUGGUACCUAUGAGAUGUGUGGUAUCAGUAUGAACAGGAAGCUUAAUUAAUGUGAGAAUAGAUGUGAACUUGAGAUUUUAAAAUAGAUGAAUAACAACUACUUAAUAGUAAAGUUACUGAAAUGGAACUAUAAAGAAAACAGCUAAUAACAGAAUCUUGUCUGUAACACACUUCAUGGCGUUCCCAUAGGCUUUGCUGUCUAGUCCUUGUAGUUUGAGGUUCUCUUGAUCCACAUUUUUCUUUUUGAUUACAGAAUUUAUAAUUUAAUAAAUACUAGAAUUUAUCAAAAAUAAUUUGUCUCUUGUUUGAGUCUGGAAAGGGGAUGGAAACAUUUUGACAUUUGUGGCCAAAGGUCACUAAAAAGGUGGUGGUUUGAAUUAAUGAUAUUCAGCUUAAAUAGUUACCUGCUCAGAAAAGUUUGAUUUCUUUAUAGAGAAUAUUUAAACAGUAUCUACAGGCAAUGUGCAUGGAAUAAAUACGUAUGGAAAUAAACCUAACACCAGGGAGACUUAAAUUUCUUAAAUAACUGAUAGUAGAGACUAUAUAUGUUUUAGAUCUUCCUUGCCAGUCUUUAUUAGUGCUCUAACACUAAUCUGAAUUAAAUGAUAGGCUUAUUUAUAAACAGCAUUAGUAGACAGAAAUUCACUUUAUAUAAAAUGUUGUAGAAUUUAUGGCAAGGUAGGAAGUGUUGGGUUAACUUGGUAAUCCAGAAUUUGGUUCUGAAAAAGAGUAAUGUGAGUUUGUCUCUAUAUCCUAACUCAAAACAGUAAAGUCAUGUUGAUGAAGCAUAUGCAAGUUAUUUUUAGUAUGAUUUUCAAAUGUGAAUUGAAUGUUACAAUAGCAAAUAAAAACUGUCACUACUUUGAAAUUAUCUUUU